AUGAUCCCGCUAAAUAGUCUCACCAAUAACCAGAAGACCGAGCUUCGUAAUGCCUUCACGUUGAUCGACGGCGACUCCAAGGACUCGCUUAUCACCAAGGAAGACCUUGUCAAGUUAUAUAAGACGUUGGGGAUCCAGCCGCCCCGUAAAGCCGAUUUGGAGGUGAUGGUAGCUACCGAUGACAAAACAUCCAAGGGGUUAAACUUCGCCCAGUUUCUGAACAUCAUGGCCCAGCAGUUGCUGAAGUUGGAUGACCGUACCACCAUCCACAAUGCGCUACAGGUGUUUGCUGAAGGGUCGGACAUCAAUGACCUUAUCAUUGACGUGGAUACUUUGAAAGAGGCGUGCUGCUCGGUGCAGCUUGGAGAAAUCGGCUCGGGAGACAACCGAUUAUCGAGAGCCACCUUCGACGAGUUGGUCCGUGGCUUUGUCAAGGAGCAGAGCAAUGGUAAGAAGUUGUUUUUGGCAUCCAACUGGUUGGACGCGUAUAUUGACUAG